AUGGAUGCAUCAACAUUUUGUGGUAGUAAAAAUGAUACUUAUUAUUGGUCUCAAAGUGAGACAGAAAUAUGCUGUCAAUUAAUAUUUAAUAAAUUAUUAUCAGAAAAUAAUGAAAAUAAAAAAUAUAUAAACCCAUUUAAUAUUAAAAAUUUAAAUGUUAAAAUUAAUACAAAAAAUAUUGAAAUAUUAUAUGAAAAUAACUUAUUAUUUAAUCGUAACUUAUUUAAGCAAAUUAAUCCAAAAGAAAGUACAUGGUAUAUUGAUAAGAUUGAUAAUAAAGAUUUACAUAUAAAUUCAUAUUCUGAAGAAAAUAUAUAUUCAUCUUAUAUAUUAAUAGUUAAUUUAGAGAAAAUGAAAAAAGGAUGGUGGAAUUCCUGCUUUGAAAAUGAUGAAUCUAUUAAUAUAAAUAAUAUUACAAGGACAAGAUAUUUCCAAGAUUGUGAUGAAAUAGUACAAAAAAAUAUAAAAAAAUUAAUUUAUGAUCAUGAACAGAAAUUAAAAGGUUUAUCAUUAUCUGAUAAUAAUGAAAUAUCAGAAAUUAUAAAAGAAGCAUGGGAUGCAGAAAAUUCACCAUUUAAAGGUAUACCAUAUGAUCCAAAUUUUGUUAAGAAUAUUAUAAAAUGA